AUGGCCCCCCGCCGCUGUGGCUGUGGCAUCCGCCUGCUGCUGCGCCCGGUCGUCGUCCUGCUGCUGCUGCUGCUGCUGCUGGGCGCCUCGGCCUCGGCGGGGGCGGCCCCGCCGUGCCCCUCCUCGCCGCCCAGCGUGGACUCGGUGCAGGGGCUGGCCCGGCGCGCCUCCGUGGUGAUCGAGGGCAAGGUGCUAGCUCACAGCGUGGUGGAGCCAGGAGGAGGCGGAGGCGGCGGCGGCGACGGAGGAGGAGGGGAAGAAGCGACGUCGCUGUUGCUGCUGCUGCCGUCGCCGCCGCCGCCGCUCCUCACCCUGCCGGAGCAGCAGCAGCAGCAGCAGCAGCCGACCGCCGCCUCUGCUUCCAGCACCACCUUCUCAGGGACAGUCCCCUCGCCAGCUCCCCGCGCGCUGGUGCCCAGCCCCAGCCCGCCGCCCGUCUCCUGGGUGACUCGGGUGCGCGUGCACCAGGUGUGGCCGGCCAAAAGCGGCGGGCUGCGCAAGGACGGGCUGCUGUGGGUGCUGCUGGCCGAGCGCGGCUCCGCCUGCGGGAGCAGCCUCAAGGAAGAGAGCCGCUACAUCUUCUUCAUGGAGCCCGUCAACGGCACUGGGGCGCCUUCGCUGCUGCUGCCGUCGCCUUCGCCGCUCUUCCGGGCGUCUUCCCCGCCCCUGGAGACGGGCAGGAGUCUCAAGAAGGAGGUCAGCAGGGCGCUGUGUACCCGGGGAUGUG